AUGGCCUUCCGCUACCUCAUCACCCUGUGCGCCCUGGUGGCCUACGCCCAAGCCGGUCUCCUGGCCGUUGCCAACCCGUCCGUGGAUGCGGUAGCCUCCACUCAGCAGAAUGUGGUCCGCUCCUUCGCCGGCACCGUGUCCAGCUACUCGAAGGCCGUCGAUACACCCUACUCCAGCGUCCGCAAGAGCGACACCCGCAUCCAGAACAAUGUGUACACCCCGGCUCUGGCCAAGACCACCUACGCCGCUCCGCUGUACACCCAGGCCACGCCUGUGGUUGCCAAGACCCUCGUCCACGCUCCGGUUGUACAGAAGACAGUGUAUGCUGCUCCUGCUCCAGUCUAUGCCUCGGCUCCAGUGUACGCUGCCCACGCUCCAGUUGUGGCCAAGACCGUGUACUCCGCCCCGGCUCCAGUUGUGGCCAAGACCGUCUACUCUGCUCCAGCUCCAGUCUACGCCGCUCCAGCUCCAGUCUAUGCCAAGACUGUGUACUCUGCUCCAGCUCCAGUUGUGGCCAAGACCGUCUACUCCGCACCUGCUCCUGUCUACGCUCCAGCUCCCGUCGUGACCAAGGCUGUCUAUGCUGCUCCUGCUCCCGUUCUGGCCAAGACAGUGUCCUAUGGCGCUCCCCUGGCCACCACCAAUGUGAACCACGGACCCUCUGCCACCACCUACACCCACAAUGCACCCGCCUUGGGAGUGUCCAGCUAUGGCAGCGCCCAGACCGUCCAGUACUCGCCAGCCACCAGCGUCUCGCACAUGAGCUUCGAUGGAUUUGGCACCCACUGGGGUUUCUAG